GGUAAACUUAUGUUUAACCUCUUGAGGAACUGCCAAACUAUUCCCAAAAUAGUGGCAACAUUUUACAAUCCCAUCACCAGAGUAUGAGGGUUCCAAUUUCUCCAUGUCCUAACACUUGUUCUUGUCCAUUCUUUAAAAAAAAUUACAGCCAUCCUAGUGAAGUGGUAUCACCUGGUUUUGAUGUGUAUUUCCCUAAUGACUAAUUACAUUGAGCAUCUUUUCAUGUGCUUAUGGCCAUUUGUAUAUCUUCUUUGAAGAAAUGUUUAUUGAAAUCCUUUGUCCAUUUUUAAAUUGGAUUCUUAUUAUUGAAUUAUGAGUUCUUUAUAUUCUGAACAGUGCACCCUUACCAGAUAUAUGAUUUUCAAAAUAUUUUCUCCCAUUCUGUGGGUUAUCUUUUCACUUUCUUGAUAUUGUUCUUUGAAGCAUUUUUUUUUUUUUUUUUUUUGAGAUGGAGUCUUGCUCUGUCACCCAGGCUGGAGGACAGUGGCGCAAUCUUGGCUCACUGCAACUUCUGCCUCCUGGGUUCAAGCAAUUCUCCUGCCUCAGCCUCCCGAGUAGCUGGGAUCACAGGUGCACACCAUUAUAUCUGGCUAAUUUUUGUAUUUUUAGUAGAGAUGGGGUUUCGCCAUGUUGACCAGGCUGGUCUUGAACUCCUGACAUCAGGUGAUCCGCCUGCCUUGGCCUCCCAAAGUGCUGGGAUUACAGGCAUGAGCCAUGGCACCCAGCCUGAAGCAUAAAGGUUUUGAUUUUGAUGUUUUAAUUUUAAUGCAUUCAUUUUUUCCCUUGGUUGUGCUUUUUGUCACAUCAAAGAAGCCACUGCCUAAUUCAAGGUGAUAAGGAUUUAGUUAUAUUUUUUUCUAAGAGUUUUAUAAUUUUAGCUCUUGUGUUCAGAUCUUUGAUUCAUCUUAAUAGUCAUAAAUGGUGUGAGGUAGAGUUCCGAUUUAAUUUUUUUCCUCAUGUGGCUAUCCAGUUUUACCAGUUCCAUUUGUUGAAAAGACUACUCUUUCUCCAAUUGAGUUGUAUUGGUGUUUUGCUGAAAGUCAUCUGACCAUAAAUAUAAGGCUUUAUUUCUGGACUCAAUUAUAUUCCAUUGAUCUGUGCUAUCUUUAUAUGAGUAUAGUACUAUCUUGAUUACUGUAGCUUCAUAGCAAGUUCUGAAAUCAGGAUAUCUGAGUCUUCCCAAUCUUUACGCUUUUUCUUAUUGCUUUUUUGCAUUGAUUAGAGCCUCCAAUUUCCUAAAUAGAAGCAGUGAGAGCAGAAAAUUCUUGUCUUACAUUUGUUAUUCCUGAUCUUAGGAGAAAAGGAUUUAAUAUUUCACCAUUAAGUUUUUCAAAUCAUUGAGGAAAUUCCCUUCUAUUCCUAGGCUGCUUAGAGUUGGUUUUUUUUUUUUUAAAAAAACAUUAAUGGGCGUUGAAUUUCAUCGAAUCCUUUCUCUGCAUUUAUUGAAACAAUUUUUUUUUCUCUUUUGUUCUGUUAAUGUGAUGAAUUACACUGAUUUUUCAAUGUUAAGUUCACUCUCCUUGGUCAUGGUAUGUAAUCCUCUAUAUUGCAAGUUUCAAUCUGCUAAUACUUAAGAAUUUAUAUAUAUAUUUAUUCAGGAGGACUAUCGGUCUAUAAUUUUCUUGCAAAAUGUCAAAUUUUGGUAUCAGGAAAAAAAAUUUGGCAUGAUUAUGCUUGCCUCAUAACAUGAGUAUAGAAGUAUUUCUCUCUGUUCUGUUUCCUGAAAUGGUGUAGGAUUGGUACUUUGUCUCCCUUAAAUGUCUGAUAAAAUUCACUGGUGCAGUCAUCUGCCUGGAGUUUUCUUUGUGGAAAGUGUUUUGCUUAUAAAUUCAGUUUUUUUAAUAGACAUUGAAACAUUUAGAUUUUCUUUUCCUUCUUGUGUCACUUUUGGUAAUUUGUAUUUUUUUUUUUUUUUAGGAAUUUGUCCAUUUUGCUUAAGUUACUGAAUUUACUGGCAUUAAGUUGUUCCAAGUAUCCCUUUAAUAUCUAUGUGAUUUCAUUAGCAUUUUGGCUAAUGCAAAUUAAAACUUCUGUAUACAAAUGUAGAUGACAAAUAAUAAAUCAAAAGAAAUGUGUAACAUAUAGCAGAAAAAGGAUGUAUGUGCAUGUGUAUAUGUACGGCAGGAGCAAACAAUCUACUGGCACAGAAGGAAUUACAGUACAGUGUGACAAAUACCAUGACAGGCACACAGAGAACACACAGAAUGGAUACCCAGUCCAAUUUGGGGAGUCAAAACUAUGAUGUCCAGGUAGUAGGUUAGCUUGUCCAACUAUAGGUAAAUGAAUAUAAUCAAAUUUAUAGACACAAAAAAGCUGAGACUCAGAUCCCCAGACAUAGUUACUUCAUCAUGAUUACCUACUUGUGAAGGUCAAGAGUCAACUGGCUCCCUUUUCACUGGCACAGCUUUAAUUAAAAAAUAAAACACAACUUUGUUUUUGUAAAAUAAUAAAUUACAAAAAACACCAACAAGAUAAAAAGUCCAAAAGACAAAAUGUAAACCACUUGUAUUUUGACUGACCUUCUUCCAGAUAUUUUUGUACACUUAUAUUAACAUAUGUACACACAUAUAUUCACAUUAGGACAGCACUGUACUUGCUAAACUAUAUUCUGCUUUUUUUUUUUUUUUCCUGAGGGGAAACUAUAUUUUUUGGACAUAUUUUAAUGCAAAUAAAGAACUUUACAUCAGUUUUUAAUGGGUCAAGAGUAUUCCAUUGCAUGUACCAAUCAUAUUUUCUUAACUAGUGUCCUAGUGAUGGACACUUGUUUCUAGAAGCAUUAUUUUUAAAAAAGGUGGCAAAUAGUAUCCUUAUGAAUCUCUUAUUUUCCUUAGGGUAUAUGCCUCGGAAAUGAGACAGCUGUGGGGCAAAGCCUAAUGCAUAUGUUAAAUUUUGGUAAAUAGGGUUGUACCAAUUUCACCUUCACACCAAAAAUGCCUGACAGUAAUUGUAUCCCACACCCCUAUCAACAAUGAUAGACAAAAAACAACUGUUUGGAAGUGCGACAACUUUCCGUUUGUUAAUUGAAUAUUUGUUUUUCUUGGCUUUUUGUAUUUUUAAUAGAUGGGGUUUCACCAUGUUGGCCAGGGUCAUCUCGAACUCCUGACCUCAGGUGAUCCACCUGCCUUGGCCUCCCAGCGUGGUGGGAUUACAGGCGUGAGCCACCGCCAUUUCCCGAAUGAUCUUUUUCCUACUGACCAAUAAUUUGUAAUGUAUAGUUUACUGGCUACCACAGAGAUUUCUGGAGUUGUCUGGCUCCAGCGUUUAAAAGUAAUGGUUUUGGGCAACUCUGUAAAAUGGAGAUAACAAUUGCACCUACCUUACAGAAAUGUUAGAGUUAAAUAAGAUAACCUGAAAAAGUACUCCAGUACUUGACACACAAAUGCUCAGCAAAUGUGAGCUACAUGGGAAUUUCUGGAUUCUUUAAUCUCCCAUGUCUCAUCUAUGUAAUCCAUCCAGCAACAUUCCAUUACCACCAACUCGCUGUCCUUUUUUUCCCUCCUCUAGAGACACGGUCCUUUCUAAUGGCCCGUUUUCCCUCAUUUCAACAACAACAAAAUCACCUCUCAGUUGCCUAAUAAUAACUACAGCCUGAAAAUCAUAAUCUUGGGGGUAAAAAUAAGCUGUACUUCACAAAGCAGUGAGAAUCAAAGCCCAACCAAAGCACUGAACAAACGCUGGGGAUGGGAAGGUGUCUGUUUCUUCCAACACGUAUUUUGAAAGGCUGACCGCCUACUUUGUUUCAGCCUUUGGAUGAUUAUGGAAGUUCUCAAAAGCUAGCACCUCCUCUUCCAACUACUGUUUACAGCCUUAAGACAAGUAGUUCCCCAUGUGACCCCAGGUGGGCCCUGAACUUGGGAUAACCAGGACAAGAGACUUGGAGCAGGAAGUGCGGGGGCGAGGAGGGCUCUCUCCCGGGCGAUUGGUCCUAACCCGAGGUUCCCUCGUGGCAAGCUGAGCCGACUCCCCACUCGUGGGCUGAUGCCCAGGGCGGACGCAGCAGGCAGGCGGCUUCGGGAGCGCAUAUCUGCACCCAUGGGGACGAUGGCAGGCUGGCGAAGGGAGAGAGGUGGCGGCAGGACUACCAUUUGAGGCUUUCAAAUGGUGUGGGGAAGAGGGAAGGAGAGGCGCGAAAAGGAGGAAAACCCCUAGAGACGCUGUGUCGGGCGGAGGCUAGGGAGACCGGCUUCGCGCUCCAACGACGCGCGUCACUCAGACUCCAAGGUAUAGGGAGGACCCCUCUGGAUUGAGGAUCUUAUGAUGUGCUUUAGAGGAAGAGCCAGCUUUAGAGUUUGCCCCUCUGCUUAUGAAAUCCCUAUGGAAGAAAGGUGGAUAUUCUGAGUGUUUUACAGUGAUGGUAUUUGCGGUUUACUAAGAUUCAUUUGCCAAAGGUAUAAUUUGGCCUCCUGAGAUUCUGCCUUAGCAAGAAAGGAGUGGGAAAUACCCUUGGAAAGAAAACUAAAACAGUAAGAAAGCCAAAACUUAUUUUUACAUGGUUGCCAGCACAUUUACCGAUAUGGACACUUUUCCCAAUAAUUUUCCUCCUGCUGGAGACAGUGGAUUGACAGGUUCUCAGUCAGAGUUCCAGAAAAUGUUAAUUGAUGAAAGGUUACGAUGUGAGCAUCAUAAAGCUAAUUAUCAGACGCUGAAGGCUGAACACACAAGGUUGCAAAAUGAACAUGUAAAGUUACAAAAUGAACUCAAGCACCUGUUUAAUGAAAAGCAAACUCAGCAGGAAAAACUUCAGCUCCUGCUUGAAGAACUAAGAGGAGAAUUAGUAGAGAAAACUAAAGACUUAGAAGAAAUGAAACUGCAGAUAUUAACUCCACAAAAAUUGGAAUUGCUAAGAGCCCAAAUACAACAAGAAUUAGAAACUCCAAUGAGAGAACGUUUUAGGAAUCUAGAUGAAGAGGUGGAAAAGUAUAGAGCUGUGUAUAAUAAGCUUCGCUAUGAACAUACAUUUCUCAAGUCAGAAUUUGAACACCAGAAGGAAGAGUAUGCACGUAUUUUAGAUGAAGGAAAAAUAAAAUAUGAAUCAGAGAUUGCAAGACUGGAGGAAGAUAAAGAAGAACUACGUAACCAGCUGCUUAAUGUUGAUCUCACAAAAGACAGCAAACGAGUGGAACAACUUGCUCGAGAAAAAGUCUAUUUGUGUCAAAAAUUAAAAGGUUUAGAGGCUGAAGUAGUGGAAUUAAAGGCUGAAAAGGAGAAUUCUGAGGCUCAGGUGGAAAAUGCCCAAAGAAUACAGGUGCGGCAGUUGGCUGAGAUGCAGGCUACAGUCAGAUCCCUGGAGGCUGAAAAACAAUCAGCUAAUUUACGGGCAGAACGCUUGGAAAAAGAGCUACAAUCAAGCAGUGAACAAAAUACCUUUUUAAUUAAUAAAUUGCAUAAAGCUGAACGAGAAAUAAAUACAUUGUCCAGUAAAGUAAAAGAACUUAAACAUUCAAACAAACUGGAAAUAACAGACAUCAAACUGGAGACAGCAAGAGCUAAGAGUGAGCUAGAAAGAGAAAGGAAUAAGAUUCAAAGUGAACUGGAUGGAUUACAGUCAGACAAUGAAAUUCUCAAAGCAGCUGUUGAACACCACAAAGUGCUCUUAGUAGAAAAGGAUCGUGAAUUAAUACGUAAAGUACAAGCUGCCAAAGAAGAAGGUUAUCAAAAACUUGUGGUAUUACAAGAUGAAAAGUUAGAACUCGAGAACAGAUUAGCAGAUUUGGAGAAAAUGAAAGUGGAACAUGAUGUCUGGAGGCAAUCUGAAAAGGAUCAGUAUGAAGAGAAAUUGCGGGCUUCACAGAUGGCAGAAGAGAUCACCAGGAAGGAGCUUCAGAGUGUUAGGUUAAAACUUCAGCAACAAAUUGUGACUAUUGAAAAUGUAGAGAAGGAAAAAAAUGAAAAUUCUGACCUAAAACAGCAAAUCAGUAGUUUGCAGAUCCAAGUGACCUCACUUGCACAGUCAGAGAAUGACUUGCUGAAUUCAAACCAAAUGCUGAAGGAAAUGGUGGAGAGAUUAAAACAAGAGUGCCGAAAUUUUAGAAGCCAAGCUGAAAAAGCACAACUAGAAGCUGAAAAGACAUUGGAAGAGAAACAGAUACAGUGGUUGGAAGAAAAGCAUAAGCUUCAUGAGCGUAUCACAGACAGAGAAGAAAAGUACAAUCAAGCUAAGGAGAAACUGCAGCGAGCUGCAAUUGCCCAGAAAAAGAGAAAAUCUCUUCAUGAAAACAAAUUGAAAAGACUACAAGAGAAAGUAGAAGUCUUGGAGGCAAAGAAAGAAGAAUUGGAAACAGAAAAUCAGGUCUUAAAUAGACAAAAUGUUCCUUUUGAAGACUAUACGAGGCUUCAAAAAAGACUAAAAGAUAUACAGAGAAGACAUAAUGAAUUUCGAAGUCUAAUUUUGGUUCCUAACAUGCCUCCAACAGCAUCUAUCAAUCCUGUUAGCUUUCAGUCAUCAGCCAUGGUUCCAAGCAUGGAACUACCAUUUCCUCCUCAUAUGCAGGAGGAACAGCAUCAAAGGGAACUCUCUCUACUUCGCAAAAGACUAGAAGAACUGGAAACAACACAAAGAAAACAACUAGAGGAACUUGGAUCUUCUGGAGAAUGAUGUUCUUGGAGAACAGGCAGAUCAAAAGAGGUGAAGUUGGUGACUCAGUAAAACUUGACAUUUUAACCUGUGGCAUUUACAUACUUUUUACUGUUUGCCAAAACACUUGAAUGUGCCUCAAGAAAAGGUACCUACUACAUGCUGUAUUGUAUGACUGUCGGGAUUUUAAGAUUAUACAAGUGAAGCAUUACAAGAGAAAGUCUCAGAGAUAUUUAGAAUAUUUGACAAUGGUUUGAGAAUGUAAAACAAAAAGGAACUAGUUAGAGUCAAGUUUUAAAAUUUUUACUUUGUUGAAUUUUUUUGGCAUUUUGAGUGAAAUAUAACUAUCAUUAAUUCUCUCUUCAUCUUUGAGAUGCUUGGCAAUAACAGGGUCCAUACACAUCUUCUGGUUUACUAUAUACAAAAAUUGUAGUUGAAAAAAGACAAAAGUCAGCAUAAAGAAUGUAAAGGUAUCUAUAUACAAAAGACUACCUUUUCUAAAAUCUGUGUGCACAUAAUUUAUUAAAGAGCUUAAUUUUUUUUUAA